AUGGAGUCCAAAAACAUAAAAUUAGUGAUAACUAGUUCUCGCAUUCUUACCUCCGGGUCGAUUGAUCCAUCGCCUGGUACAAUUGAAAUUAACAACUCUGGUAACAUAGUUUCCAUCUUGCCGUACAAAGCCUCAUACGAGUCGUACAGUUUUCUCGAUAAAACUCGAUUUCAUGACGUUGGUGAGGAUGUCGUUAUGCCGGGUAUAGUUGAUGCUCACGUGCAUUUGAACGAACCGGGUAGGACCGAUUGGGAGGGUUUUGAGACAGGAACGAAAGCAGCAUCUGCUGGAGGAGUGACCGCAAUUAUUGAUAUGCCGUUAAAUUCCAUUCCGCCAACAACCACUGUCGACAAUUUGAAGCGGAAAAUUGAAUCGGCAAAUGGAAAAUGUUGGAUCGAUGUCGGAUUCUACGGUGGCAUAAUUCCAGGAAAUCAAGAUGACUUGGUGCCGCUGAUCGAAGCAGGCGUCAAGGGAUUCAAGUGUUUUCUGAUAGAAAGCGGAGUUGAAGAAUUUCCUUGCGUGAAUGAACAGCAAGUGAGAAAGGCUUAUGAAAAACUGCAGGGGACAAAAACAAUUUUUAUGUUUCACGCGGAAAUGGAAUCCGAGGAUCAAAAGGAAUCGAAUAAAUCUUGCGAAGAUUCAAACGGUCCAAUGUGCCCAUCUCACAUCUACAAAAGAUUCCUCGAUUCCCGUCCGAAAUCUCUUGAAUUCAACGCGAUUUCACUUGUUAUAAGAGUGGCCAGAGAUUUUCCCACAGUGCGAACUCACAUAGUUCACUUAUCGGCCGCGAACGCACUCGACAUCAUUCGUAAAGCGAAGUCAGAUGGAAUCCCUCUGACAGUUGAGACUUGCUUUCAUUAUUUAUGCCUAAGUGCAGAGGAAAUUCCAUCAGGAAGAACCGAUUUUAAAUGUUGUCCUCCUGUUAGAGAGGACAGUAACAGGGAAGAAUUAUGGAAGGCUUUACUUGAUGGGACUAUAGAUUAUGUGGUGUCGGAUCACUCGCCGUGCACAGCAGAUCUUAAAUUCUUAGAUAAGGAAGUUGGAGAUAGAGACUUCUUAAAAGCGUGGGGAGGCAUAUCCACUUUGCAAUUUGGAUUGCCGGUGUUGUGGACGGAAGCCCGAAAACGCGGAUGCAGUUAUCAUCACCUGACAACUUGGUUGUCCAAAAAUACUUCCAAACAAGUUGGAUUAAACGACAGAAAAGGCGAAAUCAAAGUUGGUUAUGACGCGGACAUCGUAAUUUGGUCGCCCGAGGAAACGUUUAGGAUAUCGACCGAUGUCAUUCAAUUCAAAAACAAGGUUACUCCAUACAUGGGAAAAGAACUUUAUGGAGUUGUAAAGAAAACUAUUGUUAGAGGAAAUGUCGUCUAUGACGUUGACAACGGUGGUGUUGCGAAUGCACCGUGUGGAAAGCUUUUAAUUUAG